AAGCUCUUGGCUUCGCGGGCGCGUUGCUGAAGAGACACGGGCGAGGUCGCGAGUUCAUCCGAUUAAUUAAAGUGAAAGACACUGGUCGUCUUUAAUUUAUUUGCACAGUAAAUCAGCUGAUUAAUUAGAUAAAUCGUGAAAAGUAUAUAUUUAUAAUUUGUAUAAUUUGAGAGGCCCUCUGCCAGCUACGUUCAUUGUCAAUGGAGGUCAAUAAUGCAGCGAAAAGCAAAAUCAGUGUGAAUACAAAUGGAGCAAGAGCAGUCUUUGAUCGAUUUCAUAAUUCAGGACCAGACUCCUACUUCUCCACAAACAAGCCUCAGAAUAGCUUCAAAGACAGCGGAUUCUUGUCAUACAACACAUUCUCGGACUGUCCGGUGCAAAACUGUGCACCACUGCCUUACACAGUUUGGCCAACUCAGGAAGAAGACUGUAAAUCAGUCACCUGGCCUCAAGUCAUAACUGAUAACAGAAAUCUGGUAGAUGCCAGUAAUUGUGGGAGUGAGGCUGAUCUUUAUGGAUUAAUGUCCAACAUCUUGGAAGAACCAGAUUCAAUAGAGCCAUACUCCUCAUAUGUCUCAGAGAAUAGGCUACCAUCCAGCCUGAAAGGUGUCUGGUCUCCAAAGUUAACAAGAGAAGAGAGGAUGCAUUACUUCAGUAAUGAGGUACAGAUGCCGCUCAUUUCUGGAUUCCCAUCAAAUCAGAUUUGUCCUAAACCAGUCAGCAAUAUUUCUCCUCAGUCUGCAGGUAGAGAAUCUCAUCAGUGGGCUGAACUUCAGAAUUGUAAUGGUUUUGAUUCUUUUGCACUUCCCUGCAAUUUCUCCACUUGUAAUGGAGAGGCUAACACAUAUCCUCCUCAAGAUCUUCCUCGCCCCCCAGGCCUGGGCACACCCCCAGCAUUAAGCUCUAGCCUCUACCAGACCAGGGCUGGUAAACCUGAGUUUAUUACACCUGAGAAGGAUGAAGGAUACCGCAGCACCACUAACUACCUGUCUGAUCAUAUAAACACAGUCAACAACUCUUGCUGCCCUCCACAAACAAAGGAUGACUCCUAUUUCAGUUCAUCUCAUGAAUUUUCAUCUGUGAGCAAAGAUAAACUGAAAAACACCCAAUCGUUCUCUGUGCAGGAUGUCAGUAAACUGGCCUUUCUCUUGGCAGAGCAGGAUAUAAACUAUUGCAGAGAAUCUACCCAGAAUGGGCUUUUAGCACAGAGGAAUCUUGAGGAAAUCAUGUCAGAGCAGAAGAGUCAUCCUUUUCAAAGGAUGUCAGAGCUUAUUACUCAAACACCAGAUUUUAAGAGAGAGGUGACACGCACCCAUAUGGAGCAAAGAGGAGCUAAAGUAGUGGAUAAAAAACAAAGUCAUUACAUUACGAAUGAAUUUUCAGGGUUUGGGCCACCAAAGACUUUUUCUCCUACCAUCUUGCCUCCAGCCCUUCACCCAAACAAAGAAGCCAGCCUGAUAGGAAGCAGCACUUCCCAAACCAGGGUAAAGCAGUACCAGCCUAUCCAGUUAAACCAAUAUCAAAAACAAGCAAAGAUUUCAGCAAAGAGCAACAGCAACAAUGAAUCACAGGGUUUUGCAGAGCUCUCAACCACAUCAGGAGCUGUUCCAUUGCUUCCUUCUCAGCAGUUGUUCCGGCCUGCAGUGAGAGGCUCAGCUGAUUUGGGUCAGGGGAACACAGUAAAUCUACAUGGUGCGAUAGGCCAGGUCAGUCUUGAGGAUUUAAGGAAGGGAGCAGGAAAUGUGGAUAUUUCAGAUUUUGACCUCCAGCUAGAGAAUAACAGGUUGUCGGCGGGCCUUAUGGUCGAUGGGUGUUUUUCUCAGCGAUUUAGCACGAAACCCAAACUUCCCGCCUUCCCUAAAGAGGCAGACAAAAAAACAGGACUCCUGCAGAAUGCAUAUCAGGGGCUGGGCAGUUUGUAUGAAGGACAAAUGAGACACAGUGGAGCAAGUUCAAACUCAGCCAAAGCUACACCAUCACAACUUUUCCCAUUCCUAUACCAGAUGGGUGAUCCCAGAAAAAGCGCAUGCCACCCAAUUCAGUCCCAGUCGCCCUAUUGCUCUGUGCCCCUCAUCGACAUGAAUGAACAUCUGCCAGAUGGAGAUAUUUCACCCUUCAGCCCCUAUCUACAAGAAUGUAUUGGGCUUAGCCAAGCAUCCAGAGAUGGGUUGUUCACCGGAUUUCUGUCGGACAUGACUUUACCCAAGUUUGGCAAGGCAUUCGGAAGCCCCAACAGUCAGCUACACUUUUACCUGGAGGAAUGUUAUGAGCAGUGGAGGAUGCUGGAAAAAGAUAGAAAGCAAGCAGAAGCUGUUCUUACAAAGACUUACCCAGGAAAACGUGUGUCUGUGGUGACCAGUAGUGUUUCACCCAAAAUGCCUCCAAACCCCUCCAGACUGGACCGCCUCAUUGUAGACCAGCUGCAUGAACAGGCUAGGGUGGCAGGUUUACUAGGCAAGAUGGAAGAGUUGCGCAGUUUUCCACUUCAUGCUAAUAUCGGCUCAGCAUUGGACAGGCAUCUUGAGGUCAUCUACAUCACUCAGGCACGCCGAAAGGAUGAAUUCAUCAAUGCUAACAGCAGACAGAGGCAGCCAGCAGCCUUCUUUAGAGAGGACAGGGAGAUCCUUCUGUUGGCAUCUGCAGUGAAGGACCUGUGCAGCAGCACCAGAAAGGCCCGGAUCGCUCUUUGGUGUGCAUUGCAAAUGACUUUGCCCAAAACAAACAGUUACCCAGAGGAGAGAGACAAGAUGGGUACCUGCUCCCCUUUAGGUCAAGACAGUCCUGAGCAAAGCAGUUUGGAGAGAGCACUGAAUACCCUGUGAUCACUUUCCAGCAGGUAUAUAUUUUUUUGUGUGUCUGUUUUUUGACACAAAGUAAGUCUUCUGUGAAAACCACAAAUCAGAUUAUAAUCAAAUUCUCCAAAACACAUGGAAUUAUGGCAGUAAGAUCACUACUAAGCUAUUUUGUCCAAGGUACCCAGAAGAACUGCCAGUAAAAACAAGACAUUUUGAGAGAGUAUGAAAGAAUGAUUCAACAGUGACAGAAAGAAAGAUGAAGUCAGAAGAGGGAGCUUUUAACUGGGUUAUGGUGAUAAUGGAACAGAAUGUAUGGUGAGAGUAAGAUCUGUGGCUUUGGAGGAUGAUGGGAUAUUUUUGCCCAGUUGACCUAGAAAUUUAUAAAGUUAAACAGGAAGCAAAAAAUUAUUUGUUAAAGUUUUAUUUAUUGUUGACAGUUUAAUUAGUGUCUCCUACAACCUGUUCAAAAUCCUCAGCUAAUUUUAGGUCCAGUGAUACACACAUUCAGACAACAACAGUAUUUAUGAUCAACAGGACGUGUUCCAGUUGUCCUUUUGUUAUUUUACUAAUUUAUAUACAUGAUUCUUUGCCGUCAGCACCUGGUUUUUAGUGGUCUUCCUGGAUAAGCAAUGAUAAUCGCAAAUCUUUUCUUAAUCUGUUUUGUUUUUUGGAAAAUUUGAAAGUGAAUUUAUUUAUUUGCAAUGUGUUUAUCUCAAUUCUGAAUUCAAGUCAGCAUUUCAUUCUCUGUUUUUCCAUGUAUGUAUGUGCUCAAUCUGUCUGAUGUAACUCAGAGGAUGUAUCGAGUAGCUGAGAGUAACAUCAUUCAUGGACUGAAAUAAAUGAUGUCAACAACA